AUGGCCAAUGGGGAAGAGGCACCCUGAAACUGUGUGGUGUGUGGGGACCAGGCCACGGGAUACCACUUCCAUGCACUGACUUGUGAGGGCUGUAAAGGGUUUUUUAGACGCACUGUAUAUAAAAGUGCCACCCUAUGCUGCCUCUUUGCCGGAUGCUGUGAGCUCAGAGGGGCCCAGAGGCGUUACUGCCCAGCUUGCUGCAUGCACAAGUGCCUGGUGAUGGGCAUGAGGAAGGACAUGAUCCUGUCAGCUGAGGCCCUGGUACUAAGGAGGGCCAGGCAAGCUGAGCGGCGCAUGUGGCGGCUGAGUAAGGAGCAGGAGGCACUCGUGCAAAUGCCGCUGGAGGCCCAUGUGCGCCACGUGGGCCCCAUGUUCGACUGCUUCGUGCAGUUCAGGCCCGCUCUGGCUCUGCAACCUCCUGAGCACCUAUAUGCCCACUGUUCACCCACCACCAGCCCUGGGCCGGUGCUUCCGCUGCUCAGUCACUUCGCGGACAUCAACACCUUCAUGGUAGAGCAGAUCAUCAAGUUCUCCAAGGAACUGCCCCUGUUCCGGUCGCUGCCCAUAGAGGACCAGAUCUUCCUGCUCAAGGGUGCAGCCUUAGAAAUGUACCACAUUGCACUCAAUCCCACCUUCUGCCCUAAGAGCCAUCACUUCCUGGGGCCCCUUCGCUACAGCAUGAAGGAUGCUGCACACGUGGGGUUCCAGGAGGAAUUCCUGGAACUUGUCUUGCACUUUCAUGGUACCAUGCAGGGUCUGAAGCUCCGGCAGGCAGAGUAUGUGCUCCUGGCUGCUGUGGUCCUUUUCUCUCCUGAUAGACCUGGGGUUACCAAAAGGGACCACAUAGACCACCUGCAGGAGAAUGUGGCAUUGACUCUCCAGAGCUACAUCAGAAGCCAACAGACUGUCCCUCGGAACCAGUUCCUAUAUGCCAAGCUACUGGGCCUGCUCACAGAGCUCCGGAGCCUCAAUAGUGCCUUCGGGUACCAGAUCCAGCGCAUUCAGGGGCUCUCAGCCAUGAUGCCACUGCUCCAGGAGAUCUGCAGCUGA